AACAGUGACUUAAAAGGAAAAAUCUGGUCUCAAAGUAUAUGGCAAUUGAAAAGAAUGUAAUAACUUGAAAUACAUGGAUAUAUUUAUUACUGACAGAAACACAAUUCAUGUGAAAAGAAAUAGCAAAAAGAAGUUUGUCAUGUAAAUUAAAAGCAUAUAAAUGAAAGCCUUGGUACCAUUUUACUCUGUUAUUGUGUGGCUAAAUAUAAUAAUACAUACAAUGAUUAAAUAAUUAAAUCAUUAUGCAGCAUCAGAGUGGGCGGUAGAUGGGUUUGUCACUCUGAUCCAGACGCUGUAUAAAUGAAAGGACAGUAAAGAGAGAAGAACAAACUCCUAACAGGAGGAGACUCACUCAUGGCCUAUGAGACAGAGAAACAUGAGACUCAAUACUGCUUUCCUGCAAUCAACUCAUCAUGUAUCAAGGGAACACGCUCCAUAUAUGAAUACAAUAUCAUGUAUGUGUUUUUUUCAUUGCUGUCAGCAUGGACUGUGUUUCUGAACCUGCUGGUGAUCAUCUCCAUCUCUCACUUCAAGAAGCUUCACACUCCAACAAACCUGCUCAUUCUCUCUCUGGCUGUUUCAGACCUGCUUAUGGGACUUAUUGUGAUACCCAUAGAAGCCAUUAAAGUGAUUGAGACAUGCUGGUACUUUGGAGAAAUAUUGUGUGGAGUGUUUAUAAAUACCCUUGGACUGCUAAUAUCAUCAUCUCUCAGUAAUUUAGUUUUAAUUGCUGUUGAUCGUUAUGUGGCUGUGUGUCACCCUUUACUGUACCCACAGAAAAUGACAAUGACUAAAACUUUAGUAAGCAUUUGUCUCUGCUGGUUUUGCUCCUCAGCUUAUAACACUAACAUUGUAAUUAAUUAUGGUUAUUUUAACACCACAUACAGAUCAAAUGUGUGUUAUGGCGAUUGCUCCAUUAUAAUUAGUUUUGCCUGGAGUGUCAUCGAUCUGAUUUUGUCCUUUCUAUCUCCAUGUAUCCUGAUCAUAACUUUAUAUUUGAGGAUUUUCCAUGUUGUACAUAAGCAAGUGAAAGUUAUAAACUCUCUGAUGAAGGGUGGUAAAUGUGUAAUGGAAGGUUCAGUGAGGAGGAAAUCUGAGAGCAAAGCUGCUCUGACAUUAGGAAUCAUUGUAACAGUUUAUCUGCUGUGCUGGAUUCCAUACUAUAUCUGUUCUAUGUCAGUAACCUCUUCCACAAUCAUAAAUGUUUUGGCAUGGGUUGUAUAUGUUAACUCAGGUCUGAAUCCUCUUGUCUAUGCUUUAUUUUACCCCUGGUUUAAAAAGACUGUUAAACACGUCUUAACUCUGAAAAUAUUUCAGCCAGCAUCCUCUCUGGUCAAUAUUUUUACAGAUCAAUUGUAAUUAAACUGGUACUAGGCAAAUUUUUUACACACAGUAAAAUUAAAGGGAUAGUUCACCCAAAAAUGAAAAUUCUGUUAUCAUUUACUCACCCCCAAAUUGUUACAAAUCUGUAUAAAUUUCUUUGUUCUGCUUAACACAAAGGAAGAUAUUCUGAAGAAA